CAUCCAGAAUAAACAAAACAGGAACGCGGAGAUCCCUCGCCAAUGGCCUCCUAAUUAAUCAAGCCCCUCAUGGAAACCGACAGCGGAACCAACACACCGCUGGUGGCUUGUCCCUUUCACCCUCCUCCCCCCUCCCGGUAGUUCCACCACCACUACUAGUAGCAGCGGCGCUCCCGCUGCCAUCCCCACUGCCCCCCCGAACCCCCCUCCGCGCUCCGCACAUUGGGUGGGAGGAGCUGCUCCAGCUCGGUUGUCGGUGCCGGGUGGAUCGCCCUGCCGCGCCAUGGACGGCGACGCGGAUGCCCUGAAGUCCGGGAGGCACGGGGCCGGGGACGUGUGCCAGAUCUGCGCCGACGGCCUGGGCACCACGGUGGACGGCGAGGUCUUCACCGCCUGCGACGUCUGCCGCUUCCCGGUCUGCCGCCCCUGCUACGAGCACGAGCGCAAGGAGGGCACCCAGGCCUGCCUCCAGUGCAAGACCAAGUACAAGCGCCACAGAGGGAGCCCUGCGAUCCGUGGGGAGGAAGGCGACGACACUGACGCCGAUGAUGGCAGUGACUUCAACUACCCUGCAUCUGGCACUGAGGACCAGAAGCAGAAGAUUGCUGAUAGGAUGCGCAGCUGGCGCAUGAACACUGGGGGUAGUGGCAAUGUUGGCCACCCCAAGUAUGACAGUGGCGAGAUCGGCCUCUCCAAGUAUGACAGUGGAGAGAUCCCUAGGGGAUACGUCCCUUCAGUCACCAACAGCCAGAUGUCAGGAGAAAUCCCUGGAGCUUCCCCUGAUCAUCAUAUGAUGUCCCCUACGGGGAACAUCAGCAGACGUGCUCCGUUUCCCUAUGUGAAUCAUUCACCAAAUCCGUCAAGGGAGUUCUCUGGCAGUAUUGGGAAUGUUGCCUGGAAAGAGAGAGUCGAUGGCUGGAAAAUGAAGCAGGACAAGGGUGCGAUUCCCAUGACUAAUGGGACAAGCAUUGCUCCCUCUGAAGGCCGGGCAGCUACUGACAUCGAUGCAUCUACUGAGUACAACAUGGAAGAUGCUUUACUGAAUGAUGAAACUCGCCAGCCUCUAUCUAGAAAAGUCCCCAUUGCUUCAUCCAAAAUAAAUCCAUACAGAAUGGUCAUUGUUCUGCGGUUGGUUGUUCUAAGCAUCUUCCUGCACUACCGUCUCACAAAUCCUGUGCGUAAUGCAUACCCACUGUGGCUUUUAUCUGUUAUAUGUGAGAUUUGGUUUGCUUUAUCCUGGAUACUGGAUCAGUUCCCGAAGUGGUUUCCAAUCAACCGGGAGACCUACCUUGAUAGACUGGCUUUAAGGUAUGACCGAGAAGGUGAACCGUCUCAGUUGGCUGCUGUUGACAUAUUUGUCAGUACAGUCGACCCCUUGAAGGAGCCACCUAUCGUCACUGCCAACACUGUGCUAUCCAUACUUGCUGUUGAUUAUCCUGUGGACAAGGUCUCUUGCUAUGUAUCUGAUGACGGAGCUUCAAUGCUGACUUUUGACGCAUUGGCUGAGACUUCAGAGUUUGCUAGGAAAUGGGUACCAUUUGUGAAGAAGUAUGACAUUGAACCCAGAGCUCCUGAGUUUUACUUUUGCCAGAAAAUUGAUUACCUGAAAGAUAAAGUCCAGCCUUCAUUUGUUAAAGACCGCCGGGCCAUGAAGAGAGAAUAUGAAGAAUUUAAAAUUAGGAUAAAUGCCCUAGUUUCUAAGGCAUUGAAAGUCCCCGAGGAAGGAUGGAUCAUGCAAGAUGGCACACCAUGGCCAGGAAACAAUACCAGGGAUCAUCCUGGAAUGAUUCAGGUUUUCCUUGGUCACAGUGGUGGCCUUGAUACUGAGGGUAAUGAGCUCCCCCGUUUAGUUUACGUGUCUCGUGAAAAGCGUCCUGGGUUCCAGCACCACAAAAAGGCUGGUGCCAUGAAUGCCCUUGUUCGUGUCUCAGCUGUCCUUACUAACGGACAAUACAUGUUGAAUCUUGAUUGUGAUCACUACAUCAACAACAGCAAGGCUGUCCGAGAAGCUAUGUGCUUCCUAAUGGAUCCAAACCUAGGUCCGCAAGUCUGUUAUGUGCAGUUCCCACAAAGGUUUGAUGGUAUUGAUAGGAAUGAUCGAUAUGCAAACAGGAACACUGUCUUUUUUGAUAUUAACUUGAGGGGCCUUGACGGCAUUCAAGGACCAGUUUAUGUGGGAACUGGUUGUGUUUUCAACAGAACGGCUAUCUAUGGUUAUGAGCCCCCAAUUAAGGCGAAGAAGCCAGGUUUCUUGGCAUCACUAUGUGGGGGCAAGAAGAAGGCAAGCAAGUCAAAGAAAAGGAGCUCAGAUAAGAAAAAGUCGAACAAGCAUGUGGACAGUUCUGUUCCAGUAUUCAAUCUCGAAGACAUAGAGGAGGGUGUUGAAGGUGCUGGGUUUGAUGAUGAGAAAUCAGUUCUCAUGUCUCAAAUGAGCUUAGAGAAGAGAUUUGGCCAGUCAGCAGCAUUUGUUGCCUCCACUCUGAUGGAAUAUGGUGGUGUUCCUCAGUCGUCCACUCCAGAAUCUCUUUUGAAAGAAGCUAUCCAUGUCAUAAGUUGUGGCUAUGAGGACAAGUCUGAAUGGGGAACUGAGAUUGGUUGGAUCUAUGGAUCUGUCACAGAAGAUAUUCUCACUGGAUUCAAGAUGCACGCAAGAGGCUGGCGUUCAGUCUAUUGCAUGCCCAAGCGCCCAGCUUUCAAGGGAUCUGCCCCCAUCAAUCUUUCAGAUCGUCUGAAUCAAGUGCUGCGGUGGGCUCUUGGUUCUGUUGAAAUUCUUUUCAGCCGGCAUUGCCCCUUAUGGUAUGGCUACGGAGGGCGCCUCAAGUUCCUGGAGAGAUUCGCUUACAUCAACACCACCAUUUACCCACUAACCUCUCUCCCGCUUCUAGUCUAUUGUAUAUUGCCUGCUAUCUGUCUGCUCACUGGAAAGUUCAUCAUGCCAGAGAUUAGCAACUUGGCCAGUAUCUGGUUCAUUGCGCUCUUCCUUUCAAUUUUCGCCACUGGUAUCCUUGAGAUGAGGUGGAGUGGUGUUGGCAUUGACGAGUGGUGGAGGAAUGAACAGUUCUGGGUCAUUGGAGGUAUCUCUGCCCAUCUGUUUGCCGUCUUUCAGGGUCUUCUGAAGGUGCUUGCAGGUAUCGACACCAACUUCACUGUCACCUCAAAGGCUAAUGAUGAAGAAGGCGACUUUGCUGAGCUCUACAUGUUCAAGUGGACGACGCUUCUUAUCCCUCCGACGACCAUUUUGAUCAUUAACAUGGUCGGUGUCGUUGCUGGUACCUCCUACGCCAUCAACAGUGGUUACCAAUCAUGGGGGCCGCUCUUUGGGAAGCUCUUCUUUGCCUUCUGGGUGAUUGUUCACUUAUACCCAUUCCUCAAGGGUCUUAUGGGCAGGCAAAACCGCACACCAACGAUUGUCAUCGUCUGGGCUGUCCUCCUCGCUUCUAUCUUCUCCUUGCUGUGGGUUCGUGUUGAUCCAUUCACUACCCGUCUCGCUGGCCCAAAUAUCCAAACCUGUGGCAUCAACUGCUAGGAAAGUGGGAGUUUGUAGAGACAGAAAAUAUAACAGUGAUGGAGCGACCACCUGUGGAGCCAGAGAAUAUUUAUGUUGGGGUUGUGAAUUACUACGUUUGAGAAAGUUGUCAAAAUUGAGAAAACACAUUUGUAAAUAGAUGUAAUAGACCAUCUACCGUUUUCAUGAGGUUAAGCUCUUCUUUUUUGGAACAAAGGAAUCUCAUUGGUAAACCUAUAGGAAUUUUCCUAUGAGGCACUUUGGAUUGUAGGAAUGGACCUAUGAAUUCUUGUAUUUAUUAUUUAUAUAAAUUAUUCCUGUCCUUCACAUUUUGGAGGAGUUUUUAAA